ACUUUAAAUAUAGGUAUCAGAGACACGGAACGAAAAAGAACAAAGGGGCAAUAUGGACCAUUAGUUUAAUCCCCACCUCUUUAAAUACCCCCACUCCCCUUCCUUCCCCCAUAUCUUCAACCUUCCAAACUUUCAACAUUUCUCUUUUACCCCCUCAAUUUCCCUUUCCUUCCAAUUCACCCCUUCAACUUUCUCCCCAAAAUGGAUCCCGUCACCGUUUGGGGUAACGAACCUCUCGCCAACGUCGAUCCCGAAAUCCACGACCUCAUUGAAAAGGAGAAACGCCGUCAAUGCCGUGGAAUCGAGCUCAUCGCUUCCGAAAACUUCACUUCCUUCGCCGUUAUCGAAGCACUCGGCAGCGCAUUAACCAACAAAUACUCCGAAGGUAUCCCCGGUAAUCGUUACUAUGGAGGCAACGAGUUCAUUGACGAAAUCGAAAAUCUUACACGUACACGUGCUUUACAGGCAUUUCAUUUAGACCCUGUAAAUUGGGGAGUAAAUGUACAGCCGUAUUCCGGUAGUCCGGCGAAUUUCGCUGCGUAUACGGCGGUGUUGAACCCGCACGAUCGGAUUAUGGGCUUGGAUUUGCCGUCAGGUGGGCAUUUGACGCAUGGCUAUUAUACGUCUGGAGGGAAAAAGAUAUCUGCGACGUCGAUUUACUUUGAGAGUUUGCCGUAUAAGGUGAAUUCGACGACGGGAUUCAUCGAUUAUGAUAGACUUGAGGAAAAGGCUAUGGAUUUUAGACCAAAAUUGAUUAUUUGUGGUGGAAGUGCUUAUCCUAGAGAUUGGGAUUAUAAGAGGUUUAGAGAAAUUGCUGAUAAAUGUGGUGCACUUUUGCUUUGUGAUAUGGCUCAUAUUAGUGGACUUGUUGCUGCUCAGGAAGCCGCAAAUCCCUUUGAAUAUUGUGACUUGGUCACUACCACCACACACAAGAGUUUGAGGGGUCCAAGGGCUGGUAUGAUUUUCUACCGCAAGGGCCCUAAGCCACCAAAGAAAGGACAGCCUGAGGAUGCAGUUUAUGACUUUGAAGACAAGAUUAACUUUGCUGUUUUCCCCUCACUCCAGGGUGGUCCCCACAACCACCAAAUCGGCGCCCUUGCCGUGGCCUUGAAACAGGCUGCUACUCCUGGUUUUAAGGCGUAUGCUAAGCAAGUGAAGGCCAAUGCAGUUGCUCUCGGUAACUACCUGAUGAGCAAAGGAUACAAACUUGUUACUGGUGGGACUGAGAACCACCUUGUCCUUUGGGAUCUCAGGCCUCUUGGUUUGACUGGUAACAAGGUUGAGAAGCUUUGUGACCUUUGCAACAUCACUGUUAACAAGAACGCUGUUUUUGGUGACAGCAGUGCUUUGGCCCCAGGAGGUGUUCGUAUUGGUACUCCUGCCAUGACAUCAAGGGGAUUGGCCGAGAAGGACUUUGAGCAGAUCGCUGAGUUCCUCCACAGGGCUGUUACUAUCACCUUGAACAUCCAGAAAGAGUAUGGGAAGCUUUUGAAGGACUUCAACAAGGGUCUCGUUAACAACAAGGAAAUCGAAGAACUCAAAGCUGAUGUCGAGAAAUUCUCAUCCUCUUUUGACAUGCCUGGGUUCAAGAUGUCCGAGAUGAAGUACAAGGACUAAACUCGUAGUAUGCAUCACAACACUGCUCUCCAUUUCUCGGUUUGUUUCUUUUGUUUGGAUGGAAGAAUUUUUUUUAAUCUCUCAACGAGUUAAUUCACUAUAGACCAAAAAAAUGAUGGUUUUACCUCUUAAUUUCUGCACUUGGUAUUGUAGAUCAUUGGAUCUUGUCUUGCAAGGGGAGUUCUUAAGUGGCCUUUCUGGCUCUAAAGUUACCAAAUAUUUGUAGUGUCCAAAAGGAAUAAUACCAAGAAUAUCUGUUGUUUCAUUUCUUAUAUCUUAGUAAUGCAAGAAUAUCUGUUGUUUCA